AUGCGACACAACUAUACAGUGCGGUCUCUAUCGGCACUCGGCCUGGUGGUUCAAGUCCUUCUGGUCGCCGCCAAUCCUAUCCUCGAUUCCCGCAUCGAUCCCACUUUCGAUAACAGCAUCGAUUCCAACAUUGAUUCCCUUCUCGAUUCCAUCCUCGAUCCCAUCGACGCCAUUAAAUGUGCGAGUAUCGGGAACGGUGUGUGCGAGGAAGAAGAGGAACGUCAUAGAUCGCCCCGGCUGGCGUACUUCAAACAGGAGCUCCCAAUACCUCCCGUUGCCAGACCAAGUAACGAGUCGGAUGGAGAUGGUGAGGCCUUCUAUGAGAUGAAUCUAGAAAAUAUCAAACACAACUUCCAUCCCGAUCUCCCAGCCACAAACAUGUGGGGCUUCAACGGCAUUCAUCCUGGCCCAACUCUCGAAGUUGAGAUCGGCAAGCCCGUCAAGGUCGACUGGAACAAUCGUCUCUCCACUGUUCAUCCAUUGGGAUAUGCAAUCGAUCCUACCUUAGAUAAUGGUGUGAUUGGCGAGCUGCCUGCCGUCCGCGCCACCAUCCAUAACCACGGUGCCCAUGUCGUAAACACGUCGGAUGGACUGCCUCAUGAUUGGAUUACCCCCGGCAAUACUCUCCACUAUCGCUAUCCAAACCAUGGGGGAGCAACGAAUUGGUAUCACGACCAUACCCACGGUAUCACACGACUUAACGUCUACGCCGGACUUGCGGGCUUCUAUCUUAUUCGCACGCCCGGGGUGGCCGAGGAGCUAGGCCUUCCUACCGGGAAAUACGACAUCCCGCUCCUUCUCCAGGACAAAUUCUUCAACGAGGAUGGCUCUCUCCAUUACCCGACAACAGGCCACGGCCAGUUCCCGAUUUGGGUGUCCGACAUGGAGGCUGAUACCCCCGUGUUGAAUGGAAAGGUCGCUCCGUAUCUUAAAGUCGAGCCCCGAAAAUACCGUUUCCGCCUCCUCAACGGAGCCAAUUAUCGUGAAUGGAGCCUCUACUUCCAGGAGGACAACCUCAACAUCACGCAAAUCGGAAGCGAUGGCGGGUUCCUCCCCGCACCUGUCGUCGUCCGCGAGGUGCCCUUAGGCGUCGCCGAGCGUGCUGAGGUGGUUGUGGAUUUCUCGGGCUUUGAGGGCCGAAGUAUCAUCCUCCGCAACAAUGCGGGGGCACAUGAGUCGGGCGCUGCCGAUUUGCCAGAGCUUAUGCGUUUCGACGUGCUCCGCCAUGCCGAAUCCCAGGAUUUGACCCCUAUCCCUUCCCAACUUCCGUUCACUCCAAUCCCACCGUGCAUCCACAGAUACCGCACCUUGUCUCUCAGCCAGGAAAACGAGACCUACCUGAUAAAUAGCCGGCCUUUCUCAGCCCCACUGGAAAUUCGUCCCGUGGUCAAUACCACUGAGAUCUGGCGGAUCAUCAAUCUCACAGAUGAGACCCACCCAAUCCAUGUCCAUUUAGGCGAGUUCAAGCUCAUCAAGAGGUGCCCCUUCGAUACGGAGAGGUGGGUUCGAGACGGUAAACCCGACAAUAUCGAGCCCUACAUCCAGGGACCGUGUGGGCAUCACCAUGGAGUUCGUCCAGGCGAGACUGGGCAUAAAGAUGUAUUUUUGCAUUUUGCGCACACCGUGACCAUUGUCAAGAUGCCAUUCAAUACUUAUACGGGGAUGUACGUUAUGCACUGUCAUAAACUUGAGCAUGAGGACAACGACAUGAUGCGCCCGCUGGAGGUUAUCGAGGGUGACAUUCCGCAGUGUGUUGAUUUCGUGGAAGACUAG